UUUUUAUAUUGUGUUGUUGAAAGCUGUCGAGUGUUAUUGUCUCUAGGUAUAUUUUCGCGCGUUCAAAUUGAACUAUAAGUACAUACAUGAAUAGAUUCAUCAAUAAUACGUAUUAUGUUAGUAUUGAAUGAAUAUUGAUUGCGGAAGGUUUUCGUGAUUAUUUUUGUAUCUUCCUUUUAAACUCUUGGGUAUAGUUGGUUUGUAUUUUAAAUUUCAGAAAUCCAGCAUGUUUAAAGCUGACGAAUAUCAUUCAAAUCACUCGUUGCAAGUUCGAGACACCAGUACGCUUUUGCAGAAGUUCAAAUCGCAAAUCAAAUGGAGCAGUGGACAGAAAAUUAUAGACGUUGGGUGUGGUCCUGGAGACGUAACGUACGAAUAUUUGCUGCCUUUGAUUCCGGAUGACGCGGAACUGCUGGCUGUUGAUAUGUGCGAAAAUAUGAUAAACGUGGCGAAAAGUAAUUACCCCGAUGCUCGUUUAAAAUUCGACGUUGCGAAUUUAGUGAAAUCGAAAGAUAUCGAUAAAUACGAGUCGAGUUUCGAUACGAUGUUUUCAUUUUAUUGUCUGAAUUGGAUACCCGAUCAGCAAACUGCCCUGAAAAACAUGUAUUCAAUGUUGAAACCAGGAGGCGAAAUUUUAUUCUCUCUCUUGGUGUAUUGUCCGCAUUGGCCACUGCAUGAAAUUUUCGCAUCUUCUCCGAAAUGGUCUUCUUAUAUGAAAAACUACAGAGAUUAUAUAUCACCUUAUCACUUCAGCGACGAUCCAUUAUCCGAAAUUAGAAAUUCGCUUCGAGGUGUGGGUUUUCACAUUGAGCAUUCUUCUCUUACGUGGAAGUCUUUCACGUUCCCAUCGAAGUCAAUUUUCUACAGAUGGUGUAAUACAGCAAAUACGGUUUCAAAAAAUAUUCCACCCUGUCUAUUGGAAGAAUACGACUAUGAGGUGAAGAAAACGCUAUGGCGCAAAAAAUUAUGCAUUUUAACUGAAACGGGGCAGGUUAUUUACAAAUAUUCUGUGAUCGAGGUGUUCGCCCAUAAAUAGUGUGUGAAUGUGAAUCAAGUUUUUCAAUUUUUUUUUGUUUAUUAUUUGUGUUACUAAUAGAUUUUUCAAGUUUUUUUU